AUGAACUCAAGUUCUGCGAAUAGUAGCAAUUUGGGUUUGAAUACAAUUCUUUCAGCUGUUGUUCAAAAUCCUUCAACACGAUCAGGACCAACUAUAGUUUCGAAUAUAUCCAACGCUUCGUCGCCUGUAAAUCUUUUUACAAAUUUUUCGGGUGGGAACUUUCAAGCGAACAAUACAUCCACAUCCAGCCAAGGGCAGUUGACUUCAUCACGCCUUAAAGUGGAGGAUGCACUUAGUUAUCUCGAUAAGGUGAAAAACCAAUUUGCGGGUGAACCGCAAGUAUACAAUCAAUUUCUGGAUAUUAUGAAAGAGUUCAAGUCACAAAGCAUUGAUACUCAAGAAGUAAUCAAUCGAGUUUCGACACUUUUUCAUGGCCAUCCAGAUUUGAUUGUCGGUUUUAACACCUUUCUACCACCAGGUUACAAGAUCGAAGUGACUGAUGAUCAUCAGGGUUACAUUCAAGUCACUCAUCCAUCAUCCCGAAUCGAAUCGAUUGCAAUUGGAAGUGUCAAUCCAACAUAUAAUCUGGCAAUAACGACGCCAACAUCGACAACUUAUCAUUCAUCAGCAUCAAUACGGCAGACAACGAACUUAUUGAAUCAAGAGAGUGAGGAAACAUCGAGCAACAGCGAUCUUCAGCAUCAAUCGAUGAAUCCAACAUCACAAGUUGUUAAUGCAUUAAUCUCAGCAGCUAGUUCACCACAAUUACCGUAUUUUGGCACGACAGGUGGAUUGAAUUUGACAGGUAAAUCAGGUAAACAACAAACAUCCAUUGCGACUAAUGAUAACAAUAAUAAUAAUGCAACAAAUUCAAAUGGACAACCUGUGGAAUUCAAUCAUGCAAUUAAUUAUGUUAAUAAAAUCAAAAAUCGUUUUCAUCAAAAUCCAAAUGUAUAUAAAACAUUUCUUGAAAUUCUUCACACGUAUCAAAAACAACAAAAAGAUGUGAAAGAAUUAGCAACAAAUACUAACAAUAAUCAGCCGAUCCUCCUCUCCGAAACUGAAGUCUAUGCUAAAGUUGCACAACUAUUUACUAAUCACGAAGAUCUUCUUGCAGAAUUCAGUCAAUUUCUACCUGAUGCUAGUCAACAUUCAACGGAUCGUAUAAAUUCCAUAUCUGAUAUCCUAUCGUCAUCGGACAGCUCAACUUCAUUAAUCACUCCAACGCCACGUAUGAUCAUCAAUAAUACUGCACCACCACCACCAUCAUCAGCAGCAGCAGCAGCACCAUUUUCAACACUCAAUAAUACUAUAAACUCCAGUACUACGUUGACUCCAUCUUUUACUGUACUAUCAUCAACAGUGACGAAAGAAGAACCGACUCGUCCGUUGUCGCCAAAACGAUCGUCAAUGAUGAGUUCGGUUAAUGCUAACAAGAGAUCAAUUCCGCCGUCAAAAUCUACUGGCCCAACGAGGAAAAAACGCUCGAAUGCACCAGACAACACUCCAACAACAUUGUCAAACACAAAUGAUCUUACGAUUCAUGAUUCGACCGGACAGAACAAAAACUUACCUUCUCUGGAUGAAAUCACGUUUUUUGAUAAAGUACAAAAAACACUUCGUAGUCCAUUGGUAUUCGAUAAUUUCCUGCGAUGUAUUCUUCUUUAUACGAAAAAGAUCAUUACUCGUAUUGAAUUAUUCGAACUCAUUCAAUCUUACCUAAGUCAUGUGCCAGAAUUAUUAAAAACUUUUCAAGAAUUGAUCAGUUUACGAGAACCAGGUGAAGCAAUUAUUCCAAGAAGUAUCUAUGACCAGAAUGAUGCUGACAGUAUGAUUAGUAUUGAUUAUGGCUCUUGUUCACAAUAUGGCACAAGUUAUCGUUCUGUUCCACGUGCUUACGUGCCACCAGCAUGUGCAGGUCGUACUCCCUUAUGUAAAGAAGUACUCAAUGAUCAUUGCGUUUUGUUUCCAACAUUUACUGAUGAAUCGUCGUCAGUAGCUGCGAAGAAGAGUGUUUAUGAAGAACACAUGUAUAAAAUCGAAGACGAACGUUUUGAAUUAGACAUUGUCAUGGAAGUCAACUUAAGUGCAAUAAGAGCGUUGGAAAGUGUUCAAUCACAUAUGAAUAGUUUGACGCCGGAACAACUGAAUAAUUUUCAAUUGGAUGAUCAACUGGGUGGACAAUCGGCUUUUACACAACGACAAGCGGUUCAACGAAUCUACGGCGAACGUGCAAAUGAAAUUAUUGAUGGUUUAAAACGAAAUCCGCGUGUUGCUGUGCCGAUUGUUUUAAAACGAUUGAAAUCUAAAGAUGAAGAAUGGCGUGAAUCGAAGAAGAAUUUCGAAAGAUUCUGGAAAGAACAAAGCGAAAAGUAUUAUUUGAAGUCCUUAGAUUACAUGAGCAAUAUUUGCAAGAAUUCUGACGGUCGGAUCAUUCGAAAUCGUCAUUUAUUAAAUGAAAUCGAGAAUAUCAAAGAAGAACGUGAUCAACAGUUGAAUUCGAAUAACAAUCAACCUCAUUUGAUCUUUCAUUACGAAGAUCUUUCUGUACUUGAUGAUGCUGCAUCUUUGAUUAUUUUUCUGGUCAAACGUCAAACAACAUUUGCCAAGGAAGAUAAACAAAAUAUCAAAAAGAUCAUGCAUCAGUUCCUGCCUGAUUUUCUCUUCGCACCGCGUGGAGAACUAAGCGACGAUGAAGAAGAUGAUGACGAUGAAAAUGAGAAUAAUUCAAAACGUGACAAAAAAGCUCGACCAACUCGUUACACUGAUACGAACCGAAGACGGAACAACGAACCAUCCGCAGUCAAACCUCGUCAAGUCGCACAAGAAUAUCAGAAACCGGAUGAUAUGUUCCACUUGUUCUUUAUCAAUGAUAAUUAUUAUUAUUUCUUUCGACUUCAUCAAUUGUUAUGCGAAAGAUUAUUGAAAAUGUUUCAACAAUCACUACGUUUAAUUGAACAAGAAAAUGGUUCGCACCGUAAUCGACAGCCAUCUGCUGCUACGGCACUUCGUCUAUCAAAUCGUCCAAAUAUUCCAGUUGAUGAGUAUUACUCCGUAUUUCUCGAUAUGGUUCGAAAUUUACUCGACGGAAACAUGGACAGUUUAACCUACGAAGAUUCUUUACGUGAAAUGUUUGGCAUUCACGCGUACAUUGCCUUCACAAUGGAUAAAAUUAUCCAUAAUUGUGUUCGACAAUUACAAGCAAUUGUUACUGAUGAAUCAUCUGAUUCGAUUAUGCGUCUGUAUUCACGUCAUAAUAGUACUGUUGGUUUAGUAGAUAAUCUCUAUUCAACAGCGCAACAAAAUGCCGAAGCAGCAUAUCAACGUGAAAUGGAAUCUUAUGCCGAUGGAAACCGACUAUUCCGUGUUUGUUCCUUUAAAAAUGAGCGUCGAGUAACAACAUCGUUGAUUGUUAUUGACGCAUCUGAAGACGAAGAUGAAGAGCGAACUAUCGAAAAUGGUACACAUUACACAGAAGCAUAUCUACAUGGUAAUGAAGGAGAUAUUGAUGAAGUUGUUGCUGCACGUUUGCGAGCAAGAUUGAGGAAAAAACCGCGAUUUUUACACCGAAAUCUUCGUGUGUCAACUGAUCAAUCGACACCAGAAAUCAUUACAAUCAAUAAUGAUUAUUGUCGUAUCGAUAGUAAAACGUUGAAACGUAAACCAUUCCAUCGUGCUGGUUUCUUCUUUUACAAACGUGGUUCAUUCCGUUCGACAAAACAAGACCAUAAACGAUUGACUCUCGAUCAAUACAAUCGUUUUACGAAAUUCUAUCAAGAUUGGUCAUCGAAAUAUGUGUCUGAUGAUGAGUCUCUCAAUGAUCUGUGGCAAAAAACACAUAGAUUCAGCAAUACUGAACCACAAGAGUUCAAUGUUCAAUCAACUCUAUUCAAUAAUGAGAAAACUCUACUUCAACCGCCCUACCAUCCCUAUCAACAAUAUCGCAUUGUCGACAAUGAGAAAUAA